UGCUGUUAAUACCUAUACCAUAGCUAUAUAAAGUCGAUAUCAAAACAAAUUUGCUCAUUGCUAGUGAACUGACAAUCAGAGCAACAUGGCUACUAAGAAACUGCAUUAUUUUGACGUCAAUGGACUUGGUGAAGCCAUCAGGUACAUACUGCACUAUGCUGGGGAGAAGUUCGAAGACAUCAGAUAUGAUAGGAAGAGUUGGCCAAUCAAGAAUGUCAAGGACUCUCUUCCCUUCGGCCUGUUGCCUCUGUACGAAGAGGGCAACCGUUCUCUGCAUCAGUCGUUAGCAAUCGCCAGGUAUGUCGCCAGGAAGGCCAACCUCGUGCCAACUGACCCCUGGGAGGAGGCUGUGUUGGAUGCUGUUGUCUACAGUGUCUACGACAUCUGGGGCCAUCUCAUCCCUUACAUCAAGGAAACCGACCCGGUAAAGAAACAAGAAAUCAAGAAGAAGAUGAUGGAUGAAACCAUUGACUACUUCUUCUCAAGGUUCGAGAAGGAACUUAAGAAAAAUGGCGGAUAUUUUGGUGGAAAAUUGACCUGGGCUGACUUCAUCCUUGUCACCUUUGUUGAAGCCGUCAAUCUGUUCUUCGACACUGAAAUUGAAAGGAAUUACCCCGCGGUCAAAGCUCUAGUCCAAAAGAUCCAGUCAUUACCUAGAGUUAAGGACUACAUCGCCACCAGGAAGCCUUACACUGUCUAGAUGUUACAUAAUAUUUGUCAAGAUUAAUAAAUUAUAUUUUAUUAUA